CCAGUCCCAUGGCAAGAGAGUGAGUGAUUAGCCCAACUCUGUCAGCAGAGCACAGGAUAAUAUCUCUCUGGUUCAGGGCAGGACGUGGCGGGUGUAAGACCUUCGUGGUGGGUUACAGAGGAGAGAAACGGGCAGGACGGAGAGAGAGAGAGACAGGGAUGCGGCCGGCUGGUGGGACCCCAGCACCAUCUCUGGAGGGAUCCAACGGCUCAGAUUGGGCGGAUGGCCUGGGGAGGCGGGUCGUGCAGGCAAGGGGACUGACAAACCCCUUCUUUCCGCCCGCCCUCAGCCCAACUCAGCAACAGGACAGCCACUGCCACUCCUAUCAGAAAGUGUAAUCACCCACUCCCUCCAGUUCGAAGACAUUUCUCAAGAAAGGAAAAUAAAACAACCGUGUUGGAACUAUCACUCACUCAUUGGGCCUUAUUUUGUGAUAACGUUUUCACAAGGUUGAGACUGUGUCUCGGACUCAAGAUUCGACGCAGGAGAAUGGAGGAAUCUUCAGGCCAGUCACGGUGGUUAGGCCACCAGGCCCUGCUGGGGGCUGGCCAGGAGCCUCUGCUCCACUACGCAGAUGAGAUCCCCCUUUCGUCCACCACCAAUGAGGCCGAUGCUUUCUUCAGCCACACCGAGGUGGAGGGCAGCCUGGCCCAGCCGUACUAUGCCAGCCCCGUCCAUGGCAGGGCCAUUGGGAAUUAUCGGCACGGUUGCCAGGUCUACUCCCCUCACUUGCUGAACAGCCUGCAGUGGAUGGAGGGGGGUCAGGCGAUUGGUCACACAUACGGUGGGGCCUGGUCAACGGUUGGGGCCUAUGCCAAGGCCUCACUGCCGCUGUACCAGGCUUCCUCUAGCCUCAGCUCGCCUCACCACAGCCAGCACCUCUUUGGCUUCACGUCGCCUCUGAAGGAGGCCGGUCACGAGGAGCCGGGGGCUAGCUUGGGCAAGGAGAGCCCCAAGUAUGCCGAGGUGAUGAAAGUGGAGAGGGAGAGCCCUCAGAACCCCACAUUCCAUCCGUCGGGCCUGGAUGACGGCCUUGGCCAGAGCGGUCACCUCCAGCUUUACAACGGGAGCUUCUAUCAAGCUUCGGGGGCCUCAGGGCUGGAAGGCCAUUCUGCAUCUCUAAAGCACAAGUUGACGUUAUCGCCAUGCGAGGCUCGGGAAUGUGUGAACUGCGGAGCGACAGCAACACCGCUGUGGCGGAGAGACGGCACUGGACACUAUCUCUGUAAUGCCUGCGGCCUCUACCACAAAAUGAAUGGCCAGAACCGACCACUCAUUAGGCCCAAGAAGCGCUUGAUUGUAAGCAAGCGAGCAGGCACACAGUGUGCCAACUGCCACACCAGCACCACCACGCUAUGGCGUCGUAACAUCAAUGGAGACCCUGUCUGCAACGCAUGUGGGCUGUACUACAAACUGCACCAUGUGAACAGACCUCUGACCAUGAAGAAGGACGGCAUCCAGACCCGCAACCGGAAGGUCUCAAACAAGUCGAAGAGGAUGAAGAAAUCCCAGGAGCACUUCAGCGAGCUGCCUAAGGAUGUGGGGGACGAGGGUUCACCUUUCCCUUUGGGAUCGGCCGCCUUCCAGAGCCACCUGACCUCUGUCAGUCAUAUGGUGCCCUACAGCCAUGCCCCCCACCUGCUGACCAACCCCCUGCAUCCUCAACCGAGCCUGAGCUACAACCAUCACCCCUCAACCAGCAUCGUGUCAGCGCUCAGCUAGGCAGGCUCCUUCCCACCCUGCCAGAGACACUGUCUCACACCGAUGGAUGACAGAUACACCAAACCCCCUCACCAUCUCCAUGCAGGGGCUGAACCCUUGCAAACUCUUAACUAUGUGACAUGCGCAUGCUCCCAGCAAAGGGGCAACAGAUUCACACUUCAACGGACCGCACAGAUUUUCUCCCUAAGAAGUUAACCUGUCCUGGCUCUGAUCUGGAUUCCUGGCCAAAGCCAGACUCACAUAUAGUGCUUUCUUUCACAAAUAUAUAUAUAUAUAUAUAUAUAUUAUAUUUCAAUAAUCCCAAAUUUACACAUCAACUCGUGACUUUGUUUCGUCUAACGCUUGCUCAACUGACCGAGUUAAAGAGGAAAAGCAGAGAAUGAAGCAUCCAUGAGAGGAGGAGAAUGUUAUCUUUAUCAAACCCUUGUGAAAUUUCUUGACGCCACCAACUUGGUCACUGUGUAGCCACCACUUUCUGGUGCGUCUUCUUUUCUGCUCUGUUUGUAAUGUAGUCCUCAGUUGGGACUACCCCCCCCGAGCAACGUCUCAACCAAUCAAGAGUCGACAUGUCAUGAAUUUGUGCCCUUUGACUUCAUGUGUAAUAAAUUGGAGCCCCCCGUUAUGAAA